AUGGAAGAUAUUCCCGAUUCAGUCUCUCCUUUGGGGCAGGGAAGCUUUGAGCGUGAGCCGAUCUUCGACGAUGAUACCUCUUCGGUCUACUCCCCUCAACAAACUGCCCGCCCAUCACCUCUUCGCCUCAGCCACGCCAGAUCACAAUCCAGAUUCAAUGGUGCUGGAGAGGGCUACUUUCAAGAGUGGAAAAGGACCCAUGAUUCCUCCAUGAUCAAGGAGUCGGUAAGCCAUCCAGAGGAUGUAGUCAAUAGGCCUCGACGCUCGAAGAGCUCUGCAGAUGGGCUGAGACAAGCUCGAGCCAUCGCAGUGCAGUCUACACCGAUCCCACAAGUCAUAACAGUGGGCUCUGAUAACGGCAACUAUCGUCGGGCUGUCCAAGACACUCCCGUAUUCUCACCACUGCAAUUCUAUUUCAGAGGGACAGACUACCCAAGCUCCAAGAAGGGCGAAAAAAUAAUGAUUGGGGAUAACGGGUGGCUCGAACGCCCUGACGGCGGCCCUGAUCAAAGCGCAAAGACGCCCCAGAAGAAGACCGGAAUUUUGGACAACAUCAAGAAACUCGCAAAAGACAUGACGGAGCUUCAUUAUACCUCUCGUCGGGCGCAACCCGCAAUCCGGUCUCGCCCGACAUCACAGGUCGCCAUUUCACUAAAUGCCAGAGAGCAAAGCCUUCUCUACUGCGAACUGGAGUUCAACCUGAGCACUGCAUUGAAUGACUAUAUUACGGUGCAACUGGACAAGGGUCGGCUUGUGCCUGACAAGCUCAAGAAGGUAGCAGAUACGUGGCAUAACAAAGGCCGACCAAAGGUUGUUGGUUUCCGCUACGACCUGGAGACGCAGCUUGAACUUAUCAACUUGCACGUCGACGAUUUUCGCUUCUAUGGCCGCCGACAAGCCGAUCAUGUUGAGAUUGGCGGGCUCCUGCACGCCAUGAAGGUCAAUGCCCGAGCAAUGUGCGUCCGAACACUUUGCCAGCCAGAUUCUGUGAUUGCGAAGCAGUUGGUCGACACCCAGUCAACCUUCAAAAUGCUUGAUGUCCCUGACUAUCAGCAGCGCGCGCUUGCUGACAUAGCUCAGUUCUUCAAGGUGAUCGUGGAGCGAGAGCAGGAUGUUCGAGAACACACUGGAGGCAAUGGCAGGGACUCCAGCAACCGGGGCGAGCGACGGUGGACAGCGGUUCAGGAAGGAAUAUGA